GUAAAAAGUAAGCCAACAGUGUUAAAAGCGGAGAGCAGGCACUCGGAGAGCAGCGUACAGGUCUAUGCCGCAGAGUUUUCACUUGUGUAAGUUAAAGAACUGCUUGCAGAAUUUAUGGUAGGACACUAAACCACUUCACGUCCAGUUAAUCCGGUUAUAAACUGUUUUAUACUUUUUCGAAGAUGUUUUUUUGCAAGACCUGGGCUGUUGCACUCCUGCUGCCUCUGCUGUUAUCAGCCCAGUAUCAAGGGGACAACGGAAUAGUCGUCCCGGAGCACGGAUUUUGUCAGCCGAUUUCCAUACCUCUGUGCACGGACAUUGCCUAUAACCAAACCAUCAUGCCAAAUCUCGUGGGACAUUACAACCAGGAAGACGCAGGGCUCGAGGUGCACCAGUUUUACCCUCUGGUGAAGGUACAGUGUUCGCCGGAGCUGAAAUUCUUCCUCUGCUCCAUGUAUGCGCCUGUGUGCACAGUUUUGGAGAAGGCCAUUCCUCCCUGCAGGUCAAUCUGCGAGAGAGCCAAGCAGGGCUGCGAGGCUCUCAUGAACAAGUUUGGCUUCCAGUGGCCCGAGCGCCUGCGCUGCGAAAACUUCCCCGUGCUGGGAGACGGACAGAUCUGUGUGGGCCAAAACGAUUCCUCCCACGCCACCCUACCACCCCCAACUCCUGUCUCGGGGACCCACGACCACACCAUGGCCCCCAGACAUGACAGGCCUUUUCGUUGCCCAUCUGUUCUCAAAGUACCACCAUAUUUGAAUUAUAAGUUUUUAGAUGAGAUUGACUGUGCAGCUCCCUGUGACCCCUCAAGGAGCGGUGGGUACAUGUUUUUCACUGACAAAGAAAUCAAUUUCUCCCGCAUAUGGAUUCUGGUCUGGUCUGUGCUUUGUUGUGCAUCUACUUUAUUUACAGUUACCACCUAUUUAGUGGACAUGCAACGCUUCAGAUACCCUGAGCGACCGAUCAUCUUCCUGUCUGGCUGCUACACUAUGGUCUCCAUAGCCUACAUAGCUGGAUACUUCCUGGGAGACAAAGUGGUGUGCAAUGACAGCUUCACCCCAGAAGGCUAUAAAACUAUCGUCCAAGGCACCAAAAAGGAAGGUUGCACCAUCCUCUUCAUGAUGCUCUACUUCUUCAGCAUGGCCAGCUCCAUCUGGUGGGUCAUCCUGUCUCUUACCUGGUUCCUGGCAGCAGGUAUGAAGUGGGGCCACGAGGCUAUUGAGGCCAACUCUCAGUAUUUUCACCUGGCAGCCUGGGCAGUGCCGGCCGUCAAGACUAUCAGCAUCCUGGCCAUCGGGCAGAUCGAGGGCGACGUGCUCAGCGGGGUCUGCUUCGUUAGUCUCAGCAGCCUGGACCCUCUACGAGGCUUUGUGUUGGCCCCUCUCUUCAUUUAUCUCUUCAUCGGUACCUCUUUCCUGCUUGCCGGCUUUGUGUCUCUGUUCAGGAUCCGCACCAUCAUGAAACACGAUGGCACCAAGACAGAGAAGCUGGAGCGACUGAUGGUGAGGAUCGGGGUGUUCAGCGUUCUCUACACCGUGCCCGCCACCAUUGUUAUCGCCUGCGUCUUCUACGAGCAGGCCUUCCGCUCCCACUGGGAGAGGAACUGGGUCAGCCAUAACUGCAGGGGCCUGGCCAUCCCCUGCCCCAAGCAGACCGGGCCCCGCAUGACUCCAGACUUUACCGUCUACAUGAUCAAGUACCUGAUGACUCUGAUAGUGGGCAUCACCUCUGGUUUCUGGAUCUGGUCUGGAAAAACUCUACAGUCCUGGCAUAAGUUUUACACCAGGCUGACAAAUGGCAAACACGGAGAGACCACUGUGUAGAAUAAUGGGAUAUCUAAAUGUUGCUGGGACUAAGUUGUGUAUUAUUACCUGUUUCUCAUGUGAUAGGUGAGUAGCAUAGUGAGUAGCCAUUGGUUCUUACAGCAUUUGUAUUCACCUCAACUUUAUAGCCACACAUGCAUGCCAAACUGAGGGUCAGGGAUUUGACAAAAGGGCAAGCUGGAUAAACAAGGACUGAGCCUGACUGUCUGAACAAAUAACAAGCAUGGCUAUGGAUGACAUGUGCUGAAAUGCUCUCCCUCCCCCUCUCUUAAAUCCACCAAAAGCUCAAGGGGAGUGAUGAUCCAGCAGCCAAGAACACAGAGAGCGGGGAAUGAACUUUGGUUUAUUCGCUCCUUAAACAUUUCAUAUGUAAUUAAAUGAAAUUGUAAAUAGUAUUUGUAAAAACAUGAAAUUAUAUAUUUGUAUUUAUAAGUAAAUACUCUUCCUGCUAGUGUACCUGCUAUACUUUUGCACUGUAAGAAAGCCACAUACCGUAGAUCCAAACAUGCUCUUUUUUUAAUUAACUGUUGAUUAUGAAUUACGUUGUUUUUGUAUGGAUUAAAAGAACAUUUUGACAUGGAUGAUAUCGAACAAGCUUUUUUGGUCAGUACUUUUUAAAUGAAAAACCUUUAGCAAAGGUUUCAGAUAUAAUCCAUUAACUAUAAAUUAAAUUCUUGAUUUCAAGUUCCAAGCGCAUGAUAAAAAAUGAAUUAAGUUAGUUUUUUCUUAACUUUUUUCCUUACUUAUGUUGAGUCCCUUUAGUGAUUAAAUGUCUUUAUAGCAAGUUACUUUUUGAUAACAAAAAGUAACUGCUCAUGCUGUUUUCUUUAGGGGGUGAGGGUUUGUGUCACAACUGAACAUCUGCUUCCUCAGACUUGCGGAGAACAGUAAAAGAGACUAUUGAAUUCCUAAUGGAAAAAGCCCUGAGUGUAGCCCUCUGGGAAAUAAAAGAAGUGAGUUUAAACCAUGGUUUAAACUAAGACAAAUUAAACCACCUUUUGCGUUAAACCUUUUCAUCAUAGUUGCUGAAACUAUCACUUGUUUGGACAGUAAGGAAUGAUUCAAAUAAUAUAUUUAAAAGUCAAGUUAUCUGUCUCCUAGUUCUCCUAAUAUUAUUUUCGAGAUUCAAACCCAACGAAAGCAAACCAACCAAUCAGAGCCGAGGAGUCUAACACAGACAGAAUCACUGCUCAUGAACUAUCAAACUGCGUUGGUCAGAUAUGAUUAUGAAUCAAGAUUAUUUGAGUGCAUUGGCCAUUUAUUGCCUGAAAUGUUUUCAGAAACAUAUUUUGGUUAUUAGCUGUAAAACAGGAAAGUUUGCUCCGACUGUUGGACGGUGCUUAGUUUUGGCUGGACUGUUAACAACAUGUCGUCCUUUGGCAGCAUCUGAUAAUGCACAACUGUCAGGAUAUAGUGACAGUUUGAGAAAAAAUAACAAAUAUAUCAAAAUGAACCAAUUGAAACUUUAUUCACCCAAAUUGUUAACUUAUUCUGAAAUAAUUCCCAUCUAUGUGUUUUGUGUCUGAGACACUAGUGCCAACCGGUGCCAACCUGUAUGAAUGCCUUCUCACACAUGUACACUAUCAUCGCCUCCAAGUGCCAAACAAAACAAAAAACCUUUUUUAUUGUGUCCUGUUGUCAGAGAGGGCUCGCUUAAAUCAACAGGAGUCAUUUGGCAAGAAACCGUCUGUGCAUAGGUGUGAAAAAGUCCCUGCCUGCCUGGUGAAGGGAAAACAAGGGUGUUCAGGUUUGCUAUAGUGUUACUUCUCUGGAGCUGCCAUUGCUUUGUGCCAAGUUGGAAUCCCCCGAGCCAUGCAUGGCUGAAACUAAACCUUCUAUGCGGUGAUGUCAUGAAGUAGAUGGGUGUUGGAGAAAGUUGAUCCCCUUGCCUCAGAGUGAAGCUUUGGGCUAGAAGCAAGAAGUUUGAGGAUUGCACGCACAUACAGUUACUACGUGUGCAAUUAAACAUCAUCAAUGUAUUAGCCUCUCUAGGUUGCAGUAUAAUUACUGACACAUAUAGCAAAGCCUUACUGUCUCUCUUAUAUAUCCUGUCCCGUCGUACAAGUUGAUGUUUGUCUUUCUUGUAUCCUUAUGUGAGGUUAAAUAAAGAAACGUUGUAAUAACA